GUUUGUUGGAAGACUGGGUCACUCUCUGGAGGGAGAGAUAAGUCAUAAUAAGAGUCCAGUCCAACCCCAACGUGUGUGUGAGCAACAACCUCACACAACACAAAUCAAUCCCUUCAUUAUAAUAAUAUUCCCAACCCACAACAAUUUAACAAAAAAUAAAAAUAAAAAAAAUUCCCACUCACUGCACAACAAUUCGUAUGGGUGGCAACGGCAAGCACAGGUGGAAAUUCUCCUUCCACCGUUCCUCAUCCCAAACCUCCAAUCCCGACCCGAACCAAGUUCCCAAGGAGUUCACCUGCCCCAUUUCCGGCUCACUAAUGUCCGACCCUGUCGUCGUAGCCUCGGGCCAAACCUUCGAACGCCUCGCCGUUCAACUCUGCAAAGACCUCAACUUCUCCCCGAAGCUGGACGACGGCACCCGACCCGACUUCUCCACCAUAAUCCCCAACCUCGCCAUCAAAACGACGAUCCUCCACUGGUGCGACAAUUCCCGCACCCAACCCCCGCUCCCACCGGAUUACGCCUCCCUCGAGCGCCACGUCAGAGAAGAAAAAGAAAAACAAGACCUAAUUAGGGUUUCCGAAAAGGAGCUUCUCAACGCGGUGGCCGACAACCCUCCUGUCAUCUUCUCCCAUGCCGCCACCGAGUUAGGCCCCCGAGUCAAUCACUUCAACUCCGGAUCCUCCUCCGAGGAAUCCGUCAUCAUCCCUCCGAGUCCGGGAACGCCGUUGCCGUUAACGAUUCGUCCAACGUGCUUCUCUUCCUCCUCCUCCUCCUGCGAGAUCGAAAUCGAAAACCCCAACACACCAGCAUCGGAGGAGGAAGAAGGGAUAUUGAAGAAAUUGAAGAGUAACGAGGUGUUUGAGCAAGAAGAAGGCGCAAUCGCGCUGAGGAAGAUCACGAGGAGCAAAGAGGAGGCUAGGGUUUCGCUCUGCACGCCGCGGGUGCUGUUAGCGCUUCGUGGUUUACUCGCUUCCCGAUACGGCGUCGUUCAGGUCAACGCAGUGGCGUCUUUGGUCAACCUUUCUCUUGAGAAGCAGAACAAGUUGAAGAUCGUUAGGUCAGGGUUUGUGCCGUUUUUAAUCGAUGUUUUGAAGGGGGGAUUGGGUGAGUCGCAGGAGCACGCUGCGGGCGCACUUUUUAGUUUGGCUUUGGACGAUGACAACAAGAUGGCGAUUGGCGUUCUCGGCGCGUUGCAUCCGUUGAUGCACGCUCUUCGUGCCGAGUCCGAGCGGACUCGGCACGACUCAGCGCUCGCGCUGUAUCAUUUGUCACUUGUACAGAGCAACAGAUUGAAAUUGGUUAAACUCGGGGCUGUCCCCACGCUCCUCUCGAUGGUGGUGGCGGGGAAUUUGGCGAGCCGGGUGCUGCUGAUUCUCUGCAACCUCGCCGUGUGCACCGAGGGGCGCACGGCGAUGCUGGACGCCAACGCGGUGGAGAUUCUGGUGGGGUUAUUACGAGGGAACGAGUUGGACUCGGAGGCGAAUCGGGAGAAUUGCGUGGCGGCUUUGUACGCGCUGAGUCAUAGAAGCUUGAGGUUCAAGGGUUUGGCCAAGGACGCGAGAGUGGUGGAGGUUUUGAAGGAGAUCGAACAAACGGGAACGGAGAGGGCGAGGGAGAGGGCGAGGAAGGUGUUGCAUAUGAUGAGGACUGUGGGAGAUGGGGACGGUGAUGAGAUUGACGAGUUUUACGACUCGGCCGGAUUGACUCGGAAUCGGUACCGAGUUGGUGCUGCCAGGAAUAACAACAACCUCGUCAACACGACCACGUUUUAGGUCUCUCUGUUUCUAAUUUUUCGACAGUUUUAAAAAAUUAGGAAAAGGGUUAAAUUUGCUCAUGAUGAAAUGUGUCGGAAUGGAUAGGAAAAACUAGAUUGCAUGAUGUUGCUGGGUUUUGGGUGUAAAUCAUGGAGGUGGCAUUGGCAAUCUCAUUCUCAACCUGUUUUUAUUUAUUUUAUUUUUUUAAUUUUGGCUCUUGUUGAUGAAUGUUAUAUUGUAGUCUGUAUGUAAAUCAGGGUUUAGGUGAAUUUUCGAUUGUAUGGUAAUGUGUACAUAGUUUAUACUGACUGUGUAGUGUUUACUAUUUUGGUGCACAGAAAACAGAGAUCUGCAGAGUGAUUUGUGGAUUGGUUUUUUUUUUUA